AGCAGCAGCAGCAACAGCAACAUCAUCACGAGACCCGAUCGCGCGCACUAGCAGUGUUUAUUUACGUUCGCCAUCCAGUGUUACGAUUAAUUAAUCGCGUAUCGGCGCGUAAAUCGGCAUCGACACAUUCGCUCGCGCGCGCGCACACGCGUGUCGUGUCAGACAGAGAGAACAAGGAAGCGCGAAAGACGAGCGAAGAGCGCGCGAGCAGUCGGUUAGCGCGAACGCGCGCCAUCGCGUCGCAUCAUCGUCCGUCGCCAUCACCUUCACCGUCAUCGUCGUCGUCUACUGCGUUCUAACCUAAUCGCAUCGGGGCGCCCGACGGGCCGCGCCGUCGUGUGCGUCGCGUUCGUUCCUGAAUGCGCUGCCAAUGCACGACCAAUGUCCAGCAAGAUGUCGUGUUCACGAUGAAUCCGGGUGAUUGCGAGACGUCCAACAUGACCGACGACGACGCGCUGCCGGCGAGUCUGCAGAGGCUCCACAUUGAUCGUCUGUCGACGAGUUGUCCGCACAUCGCGACGACAGACAAGCCGAAGACGACGAACCCGUUCCGAACGCUCAACAGAUCUUACGCGAGUGCCAGCGACCAUAGGUGGCUGUUCCGCAGAAGGUCCAUGCCCAACAGGCCUACUGUGUUCGCGGCGAAUCCGCGCGGCAUCAAGAGUACAACGAACUUCAAGCCGUCUAAGAGCGAGAGAGUAGCGGUGGAGAAGAGCAAACGGGGCGCCGUCCUGCGCGAGGCUAUGCUAAAGUUGAACGCCCCUGGCACCGGCUGUCUUAGUGAUAACUUAGUGGAUACGCUCAAGAACUCGUGUAAGUUCAAUAUUUCCAAUAAGAGUUCCAAGAGAAUCGAGUCCGAGUCGAUCGCGAGGGACCUCAAGGAGCUGGAGAUGCGCCGGGAUUGUAGACAGAGCAAGGACGACACCAGUAUUCAGGACGAUGACUACGAGGCCGCUGGAUAUCAACGCACCCGCAGCAACACGAUGCCAAGUUUGAAGAGGGGUCCCGGACCAGGUGGAGGUCUAGCUUCCUCCUCGAGUGGCGGACAAACGGACGCAGCCGGUCCAUCAUCUGGCGGCCAACCUUCAAGCACGAACACCUGUUCGGUGCAGGCGCGAAUAUCGCCACCCUCGUGCGACAUUACGAUUGGGGAGCUCGCCAGCUACUUCGAGGAGUUCGUCCAUAUUCCAAAGAAGAUGUCGCACAUGGCGGAGAUGAUGUACACUUAAUUAUAUUUUUCCUGUCAGUGUGGAAAAGUUUUCGCGAAGAAGAAACUCCGCUCAAAAAAGUUCGCAUCUUGUGAAAUUCCGUUGGCAUCUUCGACGACGACAACUUUGCGAACGGAAAUCGCACACGAAAGAACGUCGAAGUGUGCCUUACUUUCUGAAAACGAUUAAUUAUAAUUCAUGUUUAUAACGAAAAACACGAUAUCACCGAAACGUAUAAUUGCAAAGAGCGUUUGUAGGUUCAUCGAAUUACGAAAAGAGAACGCGAGUGUAUAAAUACCCUCUCGAAUAAAAUAAAUAUUCCAAUUUCUAUCGUAUCCAAUUUCUAUCGAAUAUGUCGAAUAUGUAACAUAUUGUACGUGCAUUUUUCUCUUUUUACUUUGGCAUCGUGAGGCGGCAUAUGCACUAGCCGGUUAAUCGAUUUUCUAAAUUACUGGAACGCGGAAAUUUAUUGAUAAUUUCGAUGAAGCAUGAAAUUGCCUGUGCGAUGUUGCCCCGCCGGGAUGUAAAUUACACCCGGCCCUGACCAUUCUCGAGUUAAACACGUCUGGCACAUGCAAUCGCGAUUAAACGUAUCUAAGAUUAAGCGAGGAUUACGUCCAUUAGAGGGACUCAAGAUUGUAGCUCAGAAAAGUGGACAGAAUAACCCGCGCGUCUAAAAAUGAAAUUCAACGGACGUUAAUGUGUACAAUAUUUACAUUGAAUAAAGUAAUAUAAUAACAUUAAAAUCACUGUCUUUACUUCUUGCAUUAUCAUAUUACAAUAUAACCAACACAACAUUAACUUUUUAAUUUAU